AUGAAUUCCACUGUGCAAAAUAUCAAGCGGUAUCAUAUUGCAAAAGUGUACAGAAGAGAUCAGCCAGCUAUGUCAAAAGGCCGGAUGCGAGAAUUUUAUCAGUGUGACUUUGAUAUAGCAGGAGUUUACGAGAGGAUGGUUCCCGACGCUGAAAUUAUACGGAUCAUAUGUGAGGUCUUCGGUAAGCAUGGGCUUGGUUGGAGUGGAGAGAAGUCCGGUGGCUUCACUGUCAAGAUCAACCAUAGAGGAGUGCUUGAUGGAGUCUUUGAAGUUUGCGGUGUACCUCAGGAAAAGAUCAGAAGCAUAAGCUCGGCGGUUGAUAAGCUGGACAAAAGCCCAUGGCAAGAAAUCAAGAACGAGAUGGUCGUUGAGAAGGGUCUAGAUGAGGAGGUAGCAAAUCGGAUAUGGGAAUUUGUGCAGCGCAAAGGUGGGCCAGAGGUAGUUGAAGACUUGAGAAAAGAUGAGCGAGUAAUCGAAAACCAACGGCUGACACAGGGCCUGGACGACAUGGAGCUUUUGUUCGGAUAUUUGGAUGCGUUCGGUAUUCUCAAGCAUGUUGAAUUCAACCUCUCGCUAGCCAGAGGUCUGGACUACUACACUGGAGUUAUCUACGAGGUCGUCACAGAGGGCUCAGCACCAACGGGGGAGACCGGCCAAAAGCUACAGAAGCACGCCAAAAAGGAAAAGGCCAAUGAGUUUGAUGAAGAUAGGUCCAACGAUCCAUCGAUAGGGGUCGGAAGCGUUGCCGCUGGUGGUCGUUAUGACGGUCUUGUAGGGAUGUUCUCUGGCAAGGCACAAGUCCCUUGUGUCGGCAUUUCCUUUGGCGUAGACCGAAUCUUCUCGAUCUCAAAAGCUCGAAUGGAAGCCGAUAAGAGCGCUCCUGCAGUGCGAAGUACUGAAGUGGAUGUUUUCGUCAUGGCUUUCGGAGGCAAAGGGUUCACUGGUCUUCUCAAAGAGAGGAUGCAGGUCACAAAAAUCCUCUGGGAUGCAAGCAUCAAGGCCGAAUUCGCGUAUAAACAGAAGCCAAAGCUGCCCGCCCAAUUCAAACAAGCCGAACAGGCCGGCAUUCCGUUCGCGGUCAUUCUUGGAGAGGAGGAACAGUCUCAGGGCAAAGUCAAGAUCAAGGAGAUGGGGCUGCCCGAAGGACAUCCGGAGAAAGAUGGCAUGCUGGUAGCUUUGGAAGAGCUAGUUCCCGAGAUGAGGAAGAGACUGAGCCCCAACGUGGGUGAUAUGUCGAUAGAUACGCUAGCGAAAGGGGUGAAUGACCUUCCACCGAGUCCACCUGACUGA